AGAGGCAGAGGAGGCGCGGGGGGGCGGGGUAGGCCCGGGAGCGGGCGGUGACGGCGGCGGCGCAAAGGAGCCAGCGGCUGGGCCCGGGCCCCGUGCGUCUGUCCGUGCCCGGUGGAUGCGAAUCGGCUGCGGCGGCGGCGGCGGCGGCGGAGGAGGAGGAGGAGGAGGAGGAGGAGUCGGUGGGCGGGCGCCGGGCCGGUGGGAGCGCGGAGGAUGAGGCCGCUGCCGGGCGCUCCCGGCGUGGCGGCGGCCGCCGCGCUGUUGCUGCUACUGCUGCCCCGGGCCCGGGCGGACGAGCACGAGCACACGUAUCAAGAUAAGGAGGAAGUUGUCUUAUGGAUGAAUACUGUUGGGCCCUACCAUAAUCGCCAAGAGACAUAUAAAUACUUUUCACUUCCGUUCUGUGUGGGGUCAAAAAAAAGUAUUAGUCAUUACCAUGAAACUCUGGGAGAAGCACUGCAAGGAGUUGAAUUGGAAUUUAGUGGUCUGGAUAUUAAAUUCAAAGAUGAUGUGAUGCCAGCCACUUACUGUGAGAUUGACUUAGAUAAAGAAAAGAGAGAUGCAUUUGUGUAUGCUAUCAAAAAUCACUACUGGUACCAAAUGUACAUAGAUGACUUACCAAUAUGGGGUAUUGUCGGUGAAGCUGAUGAAAAUGGAGAAGAUUAUUAUCUUUGGACCUACAAAAAACUUGAAAUAGGUUUUAAUGGAAAUCGAAUUGUUGAUGUUAAUCUAACUAGUGAAGGAAAGGUGAAAUUGGUUCCCAAUACUAAAAUCCAGAUGUCAUAUUCAGUAAAAUGGAAAAAGUCAGAUGUAAAAUUUGAAGAUCGAUUUGACAAAUAUCUUGAUCCAUCUUUUUUUCAACACAGGAUUCAUUGGUUUUCAAUUUUCAACUCAUUCAUGAUGGUUAUCUUCUUGGUGGGCUUAGUUUCGAUGAUUUUAAUGAGAACUUUAAGAAAAGAUUAUGCCCGGUACAGUAAAGAAGAAGAAAUGGAUGACAUGGACAGAGACCUAGGAGAUGAGUAUGGAUGGAAGCAGGUGCAUGGAGAUGUGUUUAGACCAUCAAGUCACCCACUAAUAUUUUCCUCUCUCAUUGGUUCUGGAUGUCAGAUAUUUGCUGUGUCUUUCAUUGUUAUUAUUGUUGCAAUGAUAGAAGAUUUAUAUACAGAGAGGGGGUCAAUGCUCAGUACAGCCAUAUUUGUCUAUGCUGCUACAUCUCCAGUGAAUGGGUAUUUUGGAGGAAGUCUGUAUGCUAGACAAGGAGGAAGGAGAUGGAUAAAGCAAAUGUUUAUCGGGGCAUUCCUUAUCCCAGCUAUGGUGUGUGGCACUGCCUUCUUCAUCAAUUUUAUAGCCAUUUAUUACCAUGCAUCAAGAGCCAUUCCUUUUGGGACAAUGGUGGCCGUUUGUUGCAUCUGUUUUUUUGUUAUUCUUCCUCUAAAUCUUGUUGGUACAAUACUUGGCCGAAAUCUGUCAGGUCAGCCCAACUUUCCUUGUCGUGUCAAUGCUGUGCCUCGUCCCAUACCGGAGAAAAAAUGGUUCAUGGAGCCGGCAGUUAUUGUUUGCCUGGGAGGAAUUUUACCUUUUGGCUCAAUCUUUAUUGAAAUGUAUUUCAUCUUCACAUCUUUCUGGGCAUAUAAGAUCUAUUAUGUCUAUGGCUUCAUGAUGCUGGUGCUGGUCAUCCUGUGCAUUGUAACCGUCUGUGUGACCAUCGUGUGCACGUACUUCCUACUAAAUGCAGAGGAUUACAGGUGGCAAUGGACAAGUUUUCUCUCUGCUGCAUCAACUGCAAUCUAUGUUUACAUGUAUUCCUUUUACUACUAUUUUUUCAAAACAAAGAUGUAUGGCUUAUUUCAGACAUCAUUUUACUUUGGAUAUAUGGCGGUAUUUAGCACAGCCUUGGGGAUUAUGUGUGGAGCAAUUGGUUACAUGGGAACAAGUGCCUUUGUCCGAAAAAUCUAUACUAAUGUGAAAAUUGACUAGAGACCCAAGAAAACCUGGAACUUUGGAUCAAUUUCUCUUUCAUAGGGGUGGAACUUGCACGACAGAAAAAGCGCAAGAAGAGAUUUGGGCUUUAACACUGGGUACUUUGUGGGUCUGUCUUUCGUGGAUGGCUUUUAAAGUAACAUCUGUUUCCAUUGGUCCUAGGUUCUUAGUGACUGCUUUCUCCAACUGUUCACAGCAAAUGCUUGGAUAUUAUGCAGUAGGCAUUACUACAGUACAUGGCUAAUCUUCCCAAAAACUAGCUCAUUAAAGAUGAAAUAGACCAGCUCUCUUCAGUGAAGAGGACAAAUAGUUUAUUUAAAGCAUUUGUUCCAAUAAAAUAAAUAGAGGGAAACUUGGAUGCUAAAAUUACAUGAAUAGAAAUCUUCCUGGCACUUAGCGUUUCUAUGUUAUUGAAAAAUGAUGUUCCAGAAAGAUUACUUUUUCUCUUAUUUUUACUGCUAUCAUCAGCCUAUUGUGGGACAUUUUAUAUAUUGAAUCUGGGUUCUUUUUGACCUUUUUGUCCCCCCCAAUUCAACUGCAUCACUUUUUUUUUUAAAGAGAGAAUUAAAAAUAUUAAAUCCUGCAUGUAAUAUAUCUGCUCUCAUCUUAGUUGGACCAACUUCCCAUUUAUUUAUCUUAAAACUAUCCAGUUAUAUCUUAAUUCCAUCCAAAGAAGAUACAGUCUGAAGAUAGAGGUGUACUCUUUACAAUGCAAUUUACUGUACAGUUAGAAAGCAAAGUGUUAAAUGGAGAAGAUAUUUGUUUUUAUUAAACAUUUUGAGAUUUAGAUAAACUACAUUUUAACUGAAUGUUUAAAAUGAUUACCUUUUCUUCCCCCCAAGUUAGUCUUACAUCUUUUUUGGGUUUGAAUGAAGGUUUUACAUAAAAAAUUAUUAAAAACAGGGGGGUGGGUAAUAAAUGUACAUAACAUUAAAUAAUGUAACGUAGGUAUAGACUCCCAAAUGCAUUUGGAUGUACAGAUUGACUACGGAGUACUUUUUUCUGCUGAUGAUUGGUGUAGAAAUGUGUGAAUUUGGAUGGCUUUUUACAUCUUGCCUACCACUGCAUGAAACAUUGGGGUUUCUUCAAAAUGUGUGUGUUUUACUUCUUUUGGGAGGGGGGAUUGUUUUCUUCUGUUUCUUUUCUGAGACUCCUACAGGAGCUAAAUUUGUAAUUUAGAAUCAUAUAAUUUUGUUAAUCCUGUCUGGGGCACUUAAGUAACAUCUAAAGCAUUACUGCUUUAGAAUGUUAAAAUAAAAUUUCCUGACCAAAUUGUUUUGUGAAAAUAGAUGUGUUUGCAAUUUGAAGAUAUCUUUUCAAAAGUCUAUAUUACUGAAUGCAGUUUUUUAAUAUACUAUAAACUAUGCUUUUCUAAUACAGGGGACCCACACUUUAAAAAUCCCCAAACUUGCUUACAUCUAGAUUAUCCAGUGCAGUCAUCAAGUGCAAGCCCUUUGAAUGAAAUUAUGGCACAAAAUCUGUUCAGGUUGGUGUACUGUGUGAAGUGGGCAUGGGGUGAAAGUAGUUAGCUUACUAUUGGAUGAGCAAAUAAAAGGUUACAGUUUUCUAAGAGAAGUGAUUUUAAUUUUGAAUACAUCUUUCUGGAACUAUCCAUAAUGUGAAGUUUUCCUAGAACCAUUGAGUUUCUAGUUUAACAGUUUGCUAUGCAAAUGACCACCUAAAACAAUACUGUAUAUUGGUAUUUUUAGAAAGAGUCAAAACAGCUGUAUUUAAACCUUGUUGUGAAAAUCAUGCCAUUAAUAGUUACAUAAGAUGUUUCCAUUAUAAAAUGUUUCCAUAAAUUAAUAGACUCUGCAUCCUGUCAUACGGCAUGUAAGGACUAUAAAGAGUGAAAAGUUUAUUUCUUACCUCUUAAGUAUGGCUGACAUUAGCAAACAGAAAUUUGAUCAGAAGUAAAUUCUCUUUUUCAAGCCAAAGUGUUAUAUUAAAUGUAAUACACUGGUUCUCCGAUUUUCUCUUCCUUCUUACUUGCCUUUAAGAUCAUUAUAAGAAAGGAAACUACAAGUCAGUAUUAAUGGCUUAUAUUAUGUAACUUUCUAACCACAUGUACUUACAACAGUAUUUCUGUCUCAUGGAGUGUAAAUUGGACAGCAAGCUUUUGUCAUAAUAAAAUGAAAUUUCUCAUGAA